UUACAUUCAGCUUCUUCCUUAAUGUCAAAUGAGUGCUGUUAACGUUCCUUCAGGAAACUUCAGCAGAGAAAAACUUUUGCUUCACAUCUCAUCAAAUCUUCUGCAUCAAGCCACAUCAUGUUAAACAACCUUCUCCUGUUCUCCCUUCAGAUAAGUCUCAUAGGAACCACUCUUGGUGGAAAUGUUUUGAUUUGGCCAAUGGAAGGUAGUCAUUGGCUAAAUGUUAAGAUAAUUAUAGAUGAGCUCGUUAAAAAAGAGCAUAAUGUGACUGUCCUAGUUGCCUCGGGUGCACUUUUCAUCACACCAACCUCUAACUCAUCUCUGACAUUUGAAAUAUAUAAGGUGCCCUUUGGCAAAGAAAAAAUAGAAGGAGUAAUCAACGACUUCGUUUUGACAUGGCUGGAAAAUAGACCAUCUCCUUCAACUAUUUGGAGAUUCUAUCAGAAGAUGGCCAAAGCAAUCAAGAACUUCCAUAUAGUGUCUCGGGAGAUCUGUGAUGGUGUUCUUAAAAACCAACAGCUGAUGGAAAAGCUAAAGAAAAGCAAGUUUGAAGUCCUGGUGUCAGAUCCAGUAUUUCCUUGUGGCGAUAUAGUAGCUUUAAAACUUGGAAUUCCAUUUAUGUACUCCUUGAGGUUUUCUCCAGCCUCAACAGUGGAAAAGCACUGUGGGAAGGUACCAUACCCACCUUCCUAUGUUCCUGCUGUUUUAUCAGAACUCACCGACCAAAUGUCUUUCACUGACAGAAUAAGAAAUUUCAUCUCCUACCACCUACAGGACUACAUGUUUGAAACUCUUUGGAAAUCCUGGGAUUCAUACUAUAGUAAAGCUUUAGAUGGUAGCCAUUGGUUAAAUAUUAAGAUUAUUCUAGAAGAGUUGAUUCAAAGAAAUCACAAUGUGACUGUACUGGCUUCAUCAGCAACUCUAUUCAUCAACUCCAAUCCUGAUUCUCCUGUGAAUUUUGAAGUGAUACCUGUUUCCUACAAGAAGAGCAAUGUAGAUUCCUUAAUUGAGCAUAUGAUAAUGCUGUGGAUUGACCAUAGACCAACUCCUCUCACAAUAUGGGCUUUCUACAAAGAACUAGGAAACCUUCUAGACACUUUCUUUCAAAUUAAUAUGCAAAUCUGUGAUGGUGUACUAAACAACCCCAAGUUAAUGGAAAGACUUCAGAAAGGUGGUUUUGAAGUGUUAGUAGCAGACCCAGUAACAAUCUGUGGUGAUCUCAUUGCUCUGAAAUUAGGAAUCCCAUUUGUGUACACAUUGAGGUUCUCUCCAGCAUCAACAGUGGAGAGACACUGUGGGAAAAUCCCAGCACCGGUCUCCUAUGUACCGGCAGCCUUGUCAGAGCUCACUGACCAGAUGACUUUUGGUGAAAGGAUUAAAAAUAUGAUAUCUUAUUCUCUGCAAGACUAUAUAUUUCAGUCCUACUGGGGAGAAUGGAAUUCAUACUAUAGCAAAAUUUUAGGAAGACCCACUACCUUGUGUGAGACUAUGGGGAAAGCUGAAAUUUGGUUAAUCCGAACUUAUUGGGAUUUUGAAUUUCCUCGUCCAUACUUACCUAAUUUUGAGUUUGUUGGAGGAUUACACUGCAAACCUGCCAAAUCUUUACCUAAGGUUUUGUGGAGAUACGUAGGAAAGAAACCAGCCACAUUAGGAAACAAUACUCAGCUCUAUGAUUGGAUACCCCAGAAUGAUCUUCUUGGUCAUCCCAAAACCAAAGCUUUUAUCACUCAUGGUGGAACUAACGGGAUCUAUGAAGCUAUUUACCACGGAGUCCCUAUGGUGGGAGUUCCCAUGUUUGCUGAUCAGCCUGAUAACAUUGCUCACAUGAAGGCCAAAGGAGCAGCUGUGGAAGUGAACCUGAACACAAUGACAAGUGUGGAUUUGCUUAGCGCUUUGAGAACAGUCAUUAAUGAACCUUCUUAUAAAGAGAAUGCUAUGAGGUUAUCAAGAAUUCACCAUGAUCAACUUGUAAAGCCCCUGGAUCGAGCAGUCUUCUGGAUCGAGUUUGUCAUGCGCCACAAAGGAGCCAAGCACCUGCGCCCAGCUGCCCACAACCUCACCUGGUUCCAGUACCACUCUUUGGAUGUAAUCGGGUUCUUGCUGGUCUGUGUGACAAUGGCUAUAUUUUUGGUCAUACAAUGUUGUUUGUUUUCCUGUCAAAAAUUUGGUAAGAUAGGAAAGAAGAAAAAAAGAGAAUAGGUCAAGAGAAAGAGGAAAUUCUAUAUAUAUAUAAAAUUUAUAUAUAUAUAUAUAUGUUUGGCAAAAUCCUGAAUGUUAUAGUCCUAUUAAUUCCAGCCAAAAGGAGUUUAACAAAAACACAUCUCCCAUCCUGUUUCCAAAUUUUCUAUUUCUCUACCUGCAAUAAGCCUACUGAUAAACCCUAGAUUUUGGCAUGAUUAUCAUUAACUUGUGAGUUGUAGCCUUCUAUUUCUCCUUUGUCUUUCCCUGCUGACUAUACCCUCUUCCUUUCACUCUUCUGACACAAGGAUACUACCUAAUCUUAAAUAUGUUCUAUUGAUAGUAUCAAAUUAUUUUAUAGUUCACCUUAAUUAAUGAUUAACAUUAUGCUGAAUCCUGGUAAUGCAUACAGUGUAGAUAGAAUUUGAUAAGUGUAAGGAAGAGUCAAAUUCACAAGUUUUCAUAUACCAAAUAAUUCAGGGAGCCACCAUAGGACAGUAGUGUGUUAUGAUAAAGGUAAUGAUUUCCUUGUUUUAAUAAAAAUAAACUCUUCUGUGUGCUCAAUUUUGCAGGAGUUAGAGAAUGAAUUUUAAGUGUGAUGUGCAUCCCUAUUUAAUGUCUACAAAAUUUUUAUUGAGCAUAUCCAGAAAAUCACAGUGUAACUUGCCUGCCUUUCUUCAACAUAUAUUCUUAUAUAAGCUGUAGUGGAAGGUAUGGGUACUGUCUUUAAUAAAUAAAUCAAUUGACUCUUUGAUUUCAAGGUGAAAGUUCUGUGUUAUAUAUUGAAGGUGAACAGAUCAUAUAUAGAGGAUAUAAUAAAGAAAAAUCUAGAAAAUAAGUAAUUUUAUAAAAUUUUUAGUUAAGUGUUCAAAUAAUUACAUUAAAUAUCAAUUAAUUAUGUUUAAAAACACUAAUGUUCAUAAUAUAUAAUCACCAUUUGUAAUCAAAAGUUUAAUUUUAUGCGGAAAAAUAAAAAAUGCUUACUUGGAAUUUGA